AUGACUGAGCCUGACAUUAGUCAAAUGAACCAUAUGAAAGAGGUGGGGAUCAGCAUGCCAAACAUAUUUGGGUCAUUAGCUAGCCAGUGUGGUGGGUACGAGAACGUUAAUUUUUCAAUUAAGGAUAUGCACAAUCAAGUUGCGAAGCAAAGAAGACAAUUACCUGAUGAUUUAACCUCUGCAAUGGGCAGAGAAGGAGUGUUUCGGCAAAUUUUUUGGUGUGAUGGCCGGUGUCAGUUGGAUUACGAUCUGUUCGGGGAUGUGCUAGCAUUUGACGCCACAUAUAAGAAGAAUAGAUACAGAUUGCCGGUGGUAAUAUUCUCGGGAGUUAACCACCAUAAUCAAACAGUUGUAUUUGGUGCUGCGAUAGUUUCGAAUGAGAGGAAAAGCACCUACGUGUGGUUACUAAAACAGCUUCUCAUAGCAAUGAAGGGAAAGACACCGACUUCAGUAAUUACGGAUGGUCAUCACUCGAUGGUUAUCGCUAUUCAGGAAGUGUUUCCGAAUGCACAUCAUAGGUUAUGUGCAUGGCACUUGAUGCGUAAUGCAACAAGCAAUAUUCACAAACCUCAGUUUACGAAAAUGUUUACAAAGUUAAUGCUAGGUGAUUACGAAGUUGAUCGGGAAUGGAUAGUAGAUAUGUAUGAAAAAAGAAACAUGUGGGCUACCGCUCAUAUCCGAGGAAAAUUCUUUGCUGGGUUUAGAACGACUUCGAGGUGUGAAAGUCUACAUGCUGUCCUCAAAAGAUAUAUUAAAUCACGCUAUGAUUUGACAGAAUUUGUUCAACACUUCCAGCGUUGUUUGAGCUACAUGCGGCACAGAGAGGAUUUGGCAGACUUUAAAUCAUCAACUGGACAACCUGUGAUGCAGACACACUUUCAACAAUUAGAAAGGUCAGCAGCUACCAUUUAUACCCGGCAAAUUUUUGUGUUGUUCCGUUCAAUGCUCCACAAGGCCAGCACAUUGAAGGUAAUAUAUGAAGAGGAAACGAGUUCUUGCAAUAUUUAUCAGGUGUCAAAAUUUUACAAGCCUAACAUGAUAUGGCAUGUGUCUUUUCAUGGAGAGCAAGAUGAAUUUAAAUGCUCAUGCAUGAGAAUGGACUCCAUAGGUAUUUCAUGUAGUCAUAUACUUGCUGUUUUGGGUUUUCUAGACAUUGCAGAGCUGCCAAAAUCAUUAGUGCUGCGAAGAUGGACUAGAAAAGCGAAGGAAGGCAUUAGUGGGUAUGAUGACAUGGGUGGCUUGAUGGAGGAUUCCUUGGCUAUCAAUCGACAUGCAUGUUUGCAACAUUGGUGUAAACAAAUUAUGAACGAAGGGUGCCUAAAAGGGGAUAUUUUUAAUGAAUCACGAGAUGCAUUGGUAAAUAUACUUUCAUGUAUUAGGGCUCAUAACGGGGACAAUAACAUGAUGGAGGAGCAUGCAGAAUACAUGUAUGAAGACCUUGCAAAGAAUGGAAGUACUGAGAUAGAGACCACAAGGAAGCCUAAGCGUUGCAGCUACUGUCGCAAGGGGGGGCAUAACAUUGCUACGUGUUCCAUGAAGAAAAUGGAUGAAAGGACUCCCAAAUUUGAUGAUGACGCUGAGGAGAAUAUUGAGGGUGAGGACUACUCCUUCGUAGAUGCUGAAAGUGAUGAGUAUAUUCACACUGAAUGGUUUGAGGAGGAAGAUGAAUAUUUAGAUUCCUCAAGGUAUUAUGAACAGAGUGGUGGCGAGACUGCGUCCUCAAUCGAUUACGAUUCUGGUGGGGCAGAUGAUGAUGAUGAGGCAGAGUUGUGA